CCUACUGACCGAUUGGGUCCAUAAAAUGGAACAGCCCGGUCUUCUUGUAUCUCGGUCGUUCUGCGUUUCUCCGGCCACGACUCUGCUCACCCGCAUACGUUCUGCAACAGUAUGCAGAGACGUUCGCAGUCAAGAAAUGACAACAGGGCAACGGGUCACGUUCGCAGCUUCCUGCCAACGAACAGAAUCAUCGCAUGUCAUCGAUGCCAUGGGAAGAAGAUCAAGUGCCCCGGGGGUAAACCUUGCCAAAACUGCCUACAGGCCGAGAAAGGCACCUUGUGCUCAUACCCUCAGCGCAACCGGACCCUCAAAGUUACCGAAAGUUUCAUUAAUGGGCUCUUCGAGGAGAUCGACCGUCUCAAGGGGCAGGUGAAUGCCGGGCACACCCAGGACAGCCAUCCCCCUGAUCCGAGCCAAAGUCAUAUCGAACAUACUCCACGGUCUCUACCACCCGGGCCCGAUCUCGAACCAGCCGAGCAUGAAGAACGGGGAAUAAAUCCAACAUUCAGCUAUAGACCCUGGUUUGAUAAUCGAAAUGUGUUUCAUACUCCGAUACUCAUCGGCGAAGCUGCCGACACGGCAUUUGCGACCCGGUUUCGCCAGGUCAUAUCUGAUCCCCGGGUCCCCGAGCCCUCUCAUCUUCUUCGCGUCAAUUACGCAAACAAUGAAACGUUGAUGGCUGUGGGGGAGUCGGGGGCCGCCUGGCCCAGUCAAUCAAGAGCAAGGUUCCUGAUAGAAGCUUCGUUGAAGUACAUCAGUCGCUGUUAUUGCAUUGUUCACCCAGGUACGGUGAUCGAACAACUGACUCAAAUCUUUCUUGAUCCUACAUGGGGCGGGCCGGUGCUUCGCUGCAAGUUCUGGGCGCUUUUCGCCAUUGGAGAGCUUUAUGCAGCGAAAGUUGCCUCUAUCCAGGGUUACCCGGGCAUGGCAUACUUUGCACAGGCAUCAAAAAUGCUCGGCUUUUUCGAAGAGCGCCCUGGAAUGGACUCUAUCGAGACUUUUUUGCUACUUUCAAUAUAUUCCCUGGCACUCAAUCGGCGGUAUAGUGCCUACAUUCUGUCGGGUACGGCCAUGCGCUCUACCAUAGUCACGGGCCUACAUCUUAAUAUCUCAGAAUCACAGCUCUCGGACCCCAGCGCCCGGGAGCACCGAAAACGCUUGUUCUGGAGCGUGUACAUCUUUGAUCGCAUGUGGGGAGCCAAUCUUGGCCACCCGGCCGCGAUCCAGGACGACGAGAUUGAGAUCGACCUUCCAUCAAAGAAAUCUCUCAGUGAUCAGGCUGCAAAUAGUGACUCUGCCAGCGAUGUGUCUGAUUGCGAGUAUCAGAGAGCCAGCGUCAAGUUGGCAUGCCAUUUUACCAGUGUCAUCCGGUCUGUAUACAGCCUCCGCCGACCCCAUCAGGAUAGGCAAUUCUCGACCCGCGUGCACCAUGCUCUGCAAGAUCUCCAAGCCUGGGUGGAUCAGCUACCGCCCAGCUUACAACUCGACAAGUCAUCAGAGGGACCAAAUGACCUGAAAGUGGUCUCGCUACAUCUCUCAUUUCAUCAGUGCGUGAUUCUCGCAACCCGUCCAAUUCUACUACACAUGUUGCGGGUCCAGGUUGCGGCCUCGCGGGAAGCUAGUCAACCCCCAUCAGCGCCCGAAGUGCCUGCGGGGGCAUCGGCGUUGUCAGAAGCCUGUAUUCGGUGUGCGCGGCAUUCGACACAGCUUUUGACUCACGCUUGGAUUGACGGCUCUUUCGUUACAUUUGAUUGCUUUUUCACGCAAUAUCUGUUCUCUUCGUUGACCGUCCUGGCAAUUUCAAGCAUCUUAGAUGGAAAAGACGACCAGGCCGUUCGCGGUUCAUUCGAAGAGGCCUCGCGACUUUUAAAUCAGCUCAAGGACGCUGGGAGCCAUGUCGCUCACGAGUAUUGUCAUCAUGUCAAUGCGAUUGAAGCAGCGCUGAAUGCGCAUACUAAAAUGAUGAUGCACCCCGAGACGCUCAGUGUUCUCGAAACCUCGAUCAUUCCAGAACCAACAAUGUCUCAGCUUUCCCAGAAUUUACCGCGAGAGGAGUUGACGGGUGCCAUGGCGUGGGCCGAUUCGUCGCUACAGAGGCUCUUGUCCCAACCAGCGCUCGACACACAAUUUUUGGAAGAUGCCGUCAGAGAGAAUGACUCACAGAGCUUUUAUCAGCUUGAUUUUGAUUAUGGAAGUUGAGGGAUGAUCCAUGAUUAGGGCAUUUGGGGGCCGUGAUUGUAUAUUAUGAUCACCUUGACCGGACGGCAGAUCGUAAGGCUGAAUUUUAAUGAAUCUGGGCCACCUUUUGAUCAGGACCUCACCAGCUUACUUCAUUCGACCUCGUGGCAAUAAUCAGCUUAAAAUACGUAGUUCGGUCUGGUAUCUCCUGUUCCGCUCGGGGGCUGGAACAAUACGCCGAGGUCCGAGACGUGGCCUCUUCACUUUUCGCCCAGCUAACCCUCUCGUCUACCAUCUAGACAAAAUGCUACGGCUGGCUUUGUCUUCUGCCUGGCAGCGGGCGCUAUCUCCAAACCUAGACAUUCUGUUCUGCAACCGCUCUUCU